AUGAACGACCAAAAGGGUGACACAAAAAAUAGUCAAAAAGUUGAUCAAAAGGAUGAGAACAAAGCUGAUAAUAAGAAUGACCAGAAAGCUGAACAGAAAGAUGAACAAAAGGAUGAGCAAAAGACAGAGGAAAAUAAAAAUCUUGAUUUUGAACAAAUGAAAGCCAGGGCCCCAAAGCUUUUGGCUGAUAUGAUACAGAUGCUUAUCACAUGGCAGAAAAUGGGCUUCCAUGUCCCACGAGGUGUCAAGAACAUAUUUGAGUUUACAUGGGAUGAACUCAUAGUGACAUUGCCAAGGAAAUCUUUCACUGGUUUACAUUGUCCAGUUGUCAAAUUACUCCCCUUUGAUGAGGCUGAUCAGUCCUCCUCAACUACAUUAAGAAUGCAAAAGGUGGGCACAAUACCUUCAGGGAAGACGUCUAAUUAUAUGACUUCAUUUGAAAAUCAGUCGAUGCUCAUGAAAUUCCAAAAGCGGUCCAUCCAUCUCCUGACGGAACUUCUGAAGAUAAAGAUGAAAAUAAUGAUUGAUGCUGUUGCUGGUCCCAGCCCUGAAGAGAGUGCAAAACGAUUCCUGGAAAGUGGUCAACAGCUAAGCCCCAAAUCCCGGGAAGAGGCAGCAGAAUUUUUGAAAGAACCCAGGAGGAAAGGUCGUAGUGUGGCCCCAGCAGUGCCAGCAGUUCCUGUAACUUCCACCACCCAACUCAUUCAGCAAAUGUCAUUGUCCUGUCUUUGCUUUUCAUUAACAUUCAAAGAAGUCAAACAGCAAAAGAGCUCAUGUGGUGGCAGCAGCACUGGUCAAGACAAAGAAUCACUUUUAUGUGACAGAUUUGACCCAUGUCCUGAAGCCAGGGAGAAGCUCCGUGAAAUCUGCCAUCAUAUAGAACAUGAGAAGACUAUAGCCAUAGCAAAGGGCCACGUGAGGCCCCUAAUACUGAAGAAUUACACAACCAUCCACAAGUCGCCAUCUCAGGCCUUGAAAAGAGCUUCUGUCUCCCAAGUAGCCUCUGAGAUCAGACGUUCAAAAGGGAAAAAGUUAUUCUUCUCUCUUCCUGAUGGAACAUCACUGAUUUAUUACCCAUCCGGAAAUAUUGCAGUUUUCCAAUUUCCCAUAUGCUGCAUAGGAAAGACAAUCACCUUUCUGUUUCAGGAUGGUCCAAGUCAAACGCUUUUAGGCAUGUUUACCCAGGGUCAAUCAUGUGUAUGCUAUUCCUUUAAAGCAAGCUUUUCUGUGGCAUUGCUGAUGAAUCAGGAAGGCGGGAUUGUCAGAGACAAAAAUGGCCUUUUAACCCACUGCUGGAACUGGUAUUCCAGAAAUCAAGUUCUACAGUCAUUAGAUUUUCAGAUAAAUGAACAGUUAAAAUUAAAGGUUCUCAGCCAAAAUUCCAUGACAGUUACUUUUACUGCCAUGAAUGAAAACAUCACCUUAUCUUUGGUAAGACCUGGAUGUCUGCAUGGAGGCAAGGCUGAUAAGCAGUUGACUUUAAAAACCAUUGAAACUGAUGAGAAACACUGGAGAAGAAGCCUUAUAGAGAUUAAGAGGAGGUUUGAGAAAACAGUGAGACAAUUUAUAAACAGUGUUUUGAUGUUUUCAGGAAUAUGCUGUAUAGAUUAUCCACUUGAAUUUCGUACUUCAAAGCCUGUGAGGUUUAUAAAGAUGGACUCACCGCUUCAGGCCUGGGAUCGAAAGCUAAGAGAAGAAGCUGUUAUUUCAGUUUCAGAAGCAAAAGGGAAGCCAGGUGUCAGGCCAAUGAGUGUAACCAGUUACCAGCCAUUUAAAAGAAAAUUUAGGCCUGCUUCGCGAGCCAAAGAGGAGACCCCAGCUAGAGAUGUAAGCCCUGUACUUGAGCCCUGGGCAAUUUCUCCUACUGAAUGUCCAGUUGUGUUGCACAAAAUUUUGACCAAAACCAAUGAUGGUUUAGGUUGCAGAUGUAUAGUGAAAAUCCCACUAAUUAUGGACUUGGAAUUUGAAAAGUUUAUCGCUGCCCCAAGAAACCCUCAUCAAGUCAUUGUGAUAUGUGUGUUGUCACCACAAAAUCAUCCGUACUCUCGUUUCUUUGAGUGGUCUGUUGAAAAGUUGUAUGCACAGAUGCAGCAUGGCCGUCCCUCACCUUGUGUUCAGAGCAAACAUGAUCCCUACCGUUUCCUGAAAUAUGAUCUAGAAAACCCACUGAACAAAAAGCCUCCUCUUCUGGUGCAGAAACAUGGUGUCAUUCCUGGAAUGGUGGUGAUGUAUGCCGGAGGGAAGCUGCUCUUUGGGAGCUGUGUUUUCAACGGAUACAGCUACAGUAAGAGGGAUCUGCUGAAACAGAUCAACCAAGUUUGCCUUGACUGCAGAAGAGGUCACUUCCUGCCACAGAGUUUCAAAUUUAGGUAA